AUGACGUCGGCAAUGGUUGAAAACCAAUAUGGCGGCGAUUACCAAAAACGAGGCCGAUAAGCACUCCUUAGAGUGUGUAUUCUCCUUGGGGGAAAGUUAUACUUACAUAAUUUGGGCCCCAAAAAACUACCAAAGAUGUCCCAAAAACAACCAAAAAGAGACCCCAACCGUUAUUAUUAUUUCGACACUCCUGACGGUGAGGACGUUAUGAAAAAACUAUGGUGUGUUGUAAGACCCACUCUCCCUACAGCUACACUAAUUGGAAUAGGGGAUGUUUUGCUUUAUAGCUACCCCAAAGGUUAUUUAAAUAGUGCUUUGAGAUUUACUGCAGUCGCUGCCCCAAUUGUGGGCAUAGCCAGUACAUUUGUUCUUGUCACCAAUGGCAUGACUAGUUUAAGAAAGAAAGAUGACAAACUAAACUGGUUUGUAGGUGGUUUUGUUGCAGGCAGUUGUGUGGGGCUGGUGAAACGCAAUAGAAUGUGGGGUUUUAAUACAGGCAUGUUAUUUGGAAUUUUGGGAGUGAUCAGAAAGGAAUGCGCUCAAAGAGGCUAUGAGAUUUCACCCUCCAACCCACCACGUUCACGUAGAGGAGGCGCUACUUCUUGUCUAAUGGAUUUAAGUUUGACUGCCGAGAGGCCCAGGAACUGGACCAAUGGGGCCGAAUCAUCUUAAGUUGUUUUUGUAAUAUUUUUAGUAAAUAAUAUAUCCAAGUUCUAUUAUUUAAUGCUUUAUUUAUAUUAAAAAAACCUAUUUAUAUACAGGGUACAGCCCAUUAUUAUAAUUAUAAACAUAUAAGAAAACAAAAACAGUAAGGUAAUUAUUUCUUUGAAGAGCCUUCUUCACCUACAUCUAAAAAAAAAAUAAAAACAAUAGAAUGUUGGAAUUUUUUUAAUUGAUCUGAAUCACGAAUCUAGGCAAUUUUGGUUUUCUCUAAAAUCAUAAAAAUUAUGCAACUGCUUCUCAUUCAAUCAAAAUUGCUUCGAUUUGUGUUUGAAGCAUACCUAAUAAGCACAUCUUUCCAACACCAACAAAAAAGGCAAAGCAUUUUAGGAGAACCAAAUGAAAAAUUAAGCAUUUAAAUACAAUUAAUGAACGAUGCUAAGGAAUAAAAUUGAGCUAAUAAAUAGGUAUAGCAGAUAGAGCCCCAAUAACCCAAAGACAAAAUUAAGUAUCCAUACUUUUUCCAUCACAAGCAACAAUUUUCACUUUGUCAAUUUUGGUAAUUUCUUGUACUUCUCUAAAUUCAACAUCGUUGAGCAUAAAGGUCCAAACAUUGUCACAGAAUCUGUAAGUGUUCAAUUUACCAGCUUUGAAUGUGAGCCUGGACUUUACCUUUGUCGCCAGGGUCGCAUUUAUGGAUUUGUCGAAUUGCAGAAGGACUUUGCACGCAAGCUGGGGUGUAAUUUGAUCAUAACGUAAAAGUUCGUCCAAGCUUUCCUGAAGCGUGUGACCCAAAGUUGUAUUUCUGUAGAGUUGGU